UCAUGAUCAACAAUCAAAACCUUAUUACUUUCAUUAUUUUGACUGUUUUCCAUUUAUUUUUACAUUUUAUUAUAUUCAUAGACUAUAGUGUAUGAAAGAAAUGUGUUUUUGUUUAAAAUUGUAAUUGUAGAAGAGAACCAAGAAGCCUAGUUUUCUCUUGAUAUUUGUCCACGUCUACUAUUCAAGUACUAUCGGAAUAUAAACCUACACAAUGGCUAUUUCCAAUAUAGAAAUGCACAAGCGCAUAACUCGCCAUUUGGAAAAUUCUCAUAUUAUAAUAUCACCUGAAAAUGAAUGGUUUAAGCAAUGUGUGGAUUUUUUCAUUUCAGAUAAUCCAAAUUGUGAUGUAAAGGACUUGUCUGCAAUGGUAGUUGAACAAUUAAGUUUAUCCGAUUUUCAAGAAAUCGGAUUGUUUAGUUUACCAGCCAAUUUAAAUAAUUGUGAUAAAAAGGUUUUAACCGGAAAAUAUUGCCUUCAGGUAAAUACCAUUCUUAAUGUUGGCCAAUCGUGUUAUUCCCAAUACAAUAUAUUAGUAAAAAGAGAUACUAGUAAUACUGAAAUUGGUGAUGAUAAACCAGCGCCUUGGGAACCUAAGACACAUAGAAUGUUAAAAAUGAUGUGUUCUGAUGGUCAACAGGAUAUAGUGGCUAUGGAAUAUGAGUCAUUGCAAUGUCUUAAAGAACCAUUUAUACCUGGCUUCAAAAUCGUGGUUGUUGGACCAGUUGAAUAUAGAAAAGGAGUAUUACUAUUAAAAUCUACUAAUGUACACUUCAUUGGCGGCGAGGUCGAACAUUUGUUAAUAAAAAAUGCACCAUUAAAUGUUCUAUGUAGAGCCCUAAACAAACCGGAAUUAGAAAAUCCGUACAUAUUUUCAAAUAUUGAAGUAGAAAAUGCUGUUAUGGAAGUACAUGAACCAAGUGAUAUUAUUCCACCAAGACGGAUAGAAAAUGUAUCCACAGUUGGUAUAAGAGAACAAAAUUCUGUAAUACCCCCAACUAGUACAAAUCAAAGUAAUAAUACUAAUAGCAACCAUACUGGAAGUGGAAUUAUUACAUAUGACGAUUUUUUUGAUGGCGAUGAUGAUUUGUUGUACCUGACACAAAUGGCAGAAAUUGAAACAAAAUUCACUGAAUCCAAUAAUGUUUCAUUACAAACAUUUGGUACAGACCAAAAUAAUACCAAAGUCAAUAAAACUACAAUUGCAGUUCCUAAAAAUAAUAACAUAACAAAUAAGAAACCAGCAGUUACUGCAAAACAGACUAAAAUAUCUGAUAUGCUAGGUCCAAGUACUUCAACAGCAUUUAGAGGUUCAGUAGCUGAAUCAACUAGAUGUCAAAAUGAUAGAUCAAUAGAAAAUAAUAGCAAAAACGUUAAACAAAUAUCAGCAAAACGUAUCGCUAGUUCGCCAGUAUACACAGAAACUAAAAGGCCAUCAAUUGAACUGCCAAAACCAGAUGAUGAUUGGGGUGAUAUCGAUAUGGAUAUCGAUGUUUCAAACCCAUUGAUUAAGGUCCUAAAUUCUGCUUCUAUUAUAAAGAACUCAAAAAUACAAGUGAAACAAAAUGAAUGGAUAUGUUCUGGUAUCGUAAUGGAUGAAUCAAAACAUGAAGAAGCUGAGUUCUCAUCAGAAGUAUUGGAGCGUUUGAUUGGAAUUUCAUCCGAAGAAGUUCUUCAGUUGAAAAACAAUCCUUCAAACUGUGCUCCACUAAAAGAAAAAAUUGAAAAAGGAAUAAAAGGGGCAUAUAGAAAAUUGCACUUAUUCAAAGGCUAUAGAAAACAAACUUCUACAAUGAAUUAUUCAAACCCUGCCUGUUGUAUUAAGUCUUGUGACCAAACUGCGUGUUAUGUUUUUGAUUCAAUGUCCUAUGAUGAAUUAAAUACAUUUUGGAUAGUAUCUAAGAUCAACUUUAGACUCUUGAAUAAUGAGGAACAACCAUCGCAAAAUAUUUGUUUUUGCAAACCACAUUAUGAUCAGGUACUGUUAAUAAGUCAAUGUGAGUUGUGUGGUAAUCGAUCGAUGGAUAUGGUUACAUUACAAGACAAUGUGCGUGAAUGUCAAUUGAUUCUCAAUGAAGAUAAUAUUCCUAUUACAAUAAAAUGUGGCAUUCUUAUUUGUAAACCAUGUAAAUUGUAUACAUUAUUGCGAAAUGAUAAAACUAUAAAAAUCACAUGUGAAUUACAAAAGCACAUUGACGCUGUUAUAACAAGGAUUAAAAACAAAAAUAUAUCGAUAACAAAUGGAUUAGAAGGUAUUCAAUUAGCAAAAAAUGAAAUAAAUAUUAAAAAAAAAGAGGAAAGCAAUCAAUUAAUAAUGGUCAAAUUUCUUACACAAUAUAUAAGUAAUUUUUUCACUGCCGAUUCUUCUAUACCAUCUCAACUAGUGUCAUCAGUAUUAAAUCUCGAUGCUAUUAGAACACCACCACUGUUGGUAAGUGCAGAGGUAUUGAAAGUAAUGGAAACAUUUACAGUCCCUAUAACGGUGUCGAUAGAAACAGGACUGAGGAUAGAAAAACUGAUGGCGGUGUUAACGAAGGAUAAAUGGGAUGCGAAAUUCACUAUGGAAAAUUCAACAGCAUUAACAUUAAACCGAAAGAAGAAACGGACAUUUCUCGAUGAAAAUUCUUCUGUGCCAAGAACCAAAAAACCAAAAAUUCGUAGUGUUAAACCGACGACCCAUGUUGAUAAAGCUACGAUUGCUGAUUACAAAUCUUUGUAUAAUAACUCACCAGUCUUGGAACUGGCUCUAAGACCGUACCAUCCUGUAGUAGAUAAUAAAUAUGAGGAAACUCUAAAAACAUAUUCACGGAUAAAAAAACCAACUGACAUGUCAACAAUUCAAUUGCAUCAGAAUACGUUUAAUUCACAGUCUAUGCCACCGCCUAAUGAGUUUCCUGAGUUAAGUCGCAAGCGAGCUGGUCCAACAACAUUGUCGCCCACCACAUCAGGCAUGAAACAAUUAUCUAAAAAUCCUAACAUUUCAGUUGAUAAACCUACGAUUGCUGAUCACAAACCUUUGUACAAUAAAUCACUAGUUUCGACUAAUCGAACACGGUCAACGUCAUCACGUACUGAGUUUCCUGAGUUGAGUAGGCAACGAACUGGUCCAACCACAUUGUCAUCCACCAUGCCAGACAUGAUCCAACUAUUUGAAAAUCUUAAAAUUCCGUAUUCUAAUGAGAUGGAUUUUCUCACUCAUCUGAUUAACUUGGAAACAUGCCGUAGUCUGGGGACUUUAACUGUAGGAAACAAUAAAACCACACACCAUCGACGAACAUCUAAUACUGUAACCACAUCUCCUCAAAUCAUACACUGUUCUCCAGAACAUAAAGAAUCGCAAACAAUAUCACAUGCUGACGAUGAUGGCACUGACCUGUCAAACUAAUAGGCUAGUCGCUGGCUGGCAAUUGGUAUUAUAAUGUUCGGUUCGGUAUAUGAAAUAAUGUCAAGAAAUUACUUCAAGUGAAAAAUCAUUAAAAG